AACUCCCGCCAAAUCUCAUCAUGAAAAAUGAAACACAAAACUUUUGUUAGGUUAUUUUAAUGUUGUUAGUUUGCUAUUCAAUUCUUUCAAGAUUUUAUCAGUAUUUUAAUUGUAAAUUUGUUUUAACACUAUCAAUAUAAACUGGAAUGGCUUCAUCAUCUAUUAUUCGUAGGGUGUGAUUGUAAAAAUUGAACAUUUCAAUUUACUUUUAUCAAUUAAAAGUUUUGUAAAUCACGAUGAAAUGCACCAUUCCAGAAAUCUCCUGGCACAAUAAGGAUCCUGUUCUUAGUAUUGAUGUACAGCCAAAAAAAGCGAAUGAAAGUUUCUUCAGAUUAGCUUCGGGAGGGACAGAUUCUCAUAUUUUGAUAUGGCAUGUGACAGAACAAGAAUGUGGGAUUCCGAUCUUGGAUUGCGCCGCUGAUCUGACUCGUCACCAGAAAGCUGUCAAUGUGGUCCGGUUCUCUCCGAAGGGAGAAUUCCUCGCGUCAGGGGAUGAUGAGUCGGCGAUAAUAAUCUGGAAGCAGCGAACGGACUGCGACCUGCCGCAGUUCCCUGGCGACGGCGAGGAGAGCAAGGAGCAGUGGAUGAUGGUGCGGACGCUGCGAGGUCAUCUCGAGGAUGUCUACGACCUCAGCUGGUCGCCCGACGAGGCCAACCUCAUUUCCGGAUCUGUCGACAACACCGCACUCGUCUGGGACGUCAAGAAAGGUCAUAUGUUGUACAUCUUGAGGGAUCACAAAAGUUUUGUACAAGGGGUCGCGUGGGAUCCUCUUGGCCAAUAUGUAGCCACUAACUCAAGUGACAGAACGUUGCGAGUGUUCAACACGGCCACUCGAAAACUGGCGAGUCGCGUUUCGAAGGCGAUUCUGCCGAACUCUGAGCCGGACGCCAAGCCGGCCCACCUGUUCCACGACGACACUCUCAAGUCGUUCUUCCGACGGCUGAGCUUCACUCCGUGCGGCAGUCUGCUCAUUGUGCCGUCCGGUGUCAUCGAGGAACCCAAACUCAUUAACACCACGCUCAUCUUUACCAGGAAUAACUUGUCCAAACCAGUAGCCUACCUGCCGUCCAACCAGCAGUACUCAGUAGCGGUGCGCUGUUGUCCACAGCUGUUUGCGCUGAUGAAGACGGGCGCCGGUGACGACGCGACGCCCCAGGCGUCGUCUGUGUUUGCGCUGCCCUACCGCGUCGUCUUCGCCAUUGCCACUCAGAGCAGUGUCAUUCUGUACGACACCCAGCAUAUGGCGCCGUUCGCCUAUGUUGCCAACAUUCACUACACCCGUCUCACCGAUCUGGCUUGGUCAAGUGACGGUAGACUGCUUGUCGUGUCGUCUUCUGACGGCUACUGUUCGUUGAUUUCUUUCGCCGAAGGUGAGCUGGGUGAAAUAUACGUGCCGCCCGCCACAGACGUCGAAAACAAAACAGAACAAGUAGCUGAAAAUGCGCCAACUGAACCCAAAUCCAAGUCAGCAAAAGGCAGAAAAAACAAAAACAAACUCAAGUCUAAAGAAAAAGGUUCGACAGAUGUAAAAAACUGUGAAGAUGUGAAGUGCAAUGAUGAAGAUGAUGAUGAUGAUUUCCGUUUGGUUCUUGAGGAGACUGUUAGCAACGUGAUUGACUCGACUGUGAAAACUGGAGAUGAAGUGUUGGCCAAAACCUUGGAUAAAAAUAUAGAGAAAGAUUCUACCGUAAAAACUAGUGAUAAAGUUAAUACAGGUUUGGAGAAGGAUUCAAAUAAAUUAGAGAAUGACCCUGCUGUGAAACCAGUUGAUAAAGUGGAUAAAACUUUAGAGAAGGAUUCAAAUAAACUAGAGAAUGAAUGUACUGUGAAAACAGGUGAUACAAUGGAAACCUCUUCGGUGGAAGAUUCAAACAAACUAGACGACUCUACUGUGAAAACAGGUGAUAAAAUGGAAACCGCGUCGGUCAAAGAUUCUAAAACUCCUGUGAAAACAGUUGAUGUAGUGGAGAAAGACUCGAAACCCCAAGACUGUGUCAGUGAUCAGAAAAAUGAAGUAAAAGAGAAGAGCGAGGCUUCAGUCGACUGUGAGAAGGUUGUUGCAACUAAUUCUGAAAAUAAACCAGCUGAGAACAGUACUCCUGCGAAAAUAAUUAGUGUGGCGGAUAGUCCAUCAAAUUCGAAUUCAUCUGCUAAAAUAACUCCGAUCGAGCAGAGGAAGCCGAAAAGAGCUCAACUCAUCACAUUGUCGAGUCCAAAAAGUAAAAGAAAACUGUGAGUGGUUACCACAUGUAUCUCAUGCCCCUUUUAUUGAUGUACUUCUUAAGAAGCACUUUGUAACCUAUAUUUUAAUUGCAAUGAAUGUAGAAACGAUGUUUAUGUAUAAACUCUCAAGUACGUUUAGUCACUCUCAAGGACUUCAAUGACAGGUCUUAUCUAGGAUAAGGUUGAUGAAUAAAAAUCUUAAUCUUCUCGAUUCAUCUCAAAUUAGAACAAUUAGAAGUUUUUCUCAUGUUACUUUGUUGAUGCCUGAAAGUUAUGACUAAUUCAACAUUGUUGAAUAAAAAUUCUGCAUUUGGGCACUGUUCUUCGAUGAAAUAGUAUUACAAUACGUUGCCAUGUUCUUCUUACAAAAAUAAUGAUAUAGUUUUUUUUAUAAAAAUCUAGAGAUUGUUGUCUUUUUAUUCUUGCAAAUUAUAUAGUUUUUUUUUAAAUAAAAAUCUUAAGAUGAAUGUCUAUGGCAUCAUCAUCAGUUUUACGUUGAGUCUAAACUAACCAAGGUAGUAGAACUGACUAAAUAAAAUAGAACAAAAGAUGGUA